AGUGAUAUACACAUCCAAGAGACAACCAGCAACAGAAAUAAAUUCAUUUAUAUAUGCCUCCCCACACACUCGUGUAUGCACUACUUUAUAUUUAUUUGUAGUGAAUAUAUCUCUUUUUCAUGUUCAUGCUGAAUCUUUUUUGUAGCCCAUUUUGAUUCUUUUCCCUGAUAUCCACUCCUUUGCCUUUGAAAUUCACAAGUAUUGUUAUAUGGAGAGCUGUGAUAACUCUGUUAAUGAGAAGGUUGGUCUUAGGCCAAGGAGCCUAAUGGGUGAUUUGUCUGAGAAUGUGGAACCAAGCCAUCUUUUGCAGCUGUUCUUGAAGGUGAAGAAGUUUAGAAAAAUGGGCUCUGAGAAAAAUGCAGUCUUGGUGAGAGAGAAAGGGAGAAAAGUCAUCAAGAGGGUUGUUGGAUUGAGAAAAAGAGCUGCAAGAAGAUCAAGAUAUUAUCACAGUUAUGUCAGAAUAAGAUCAGCAAUGGGUAAUCCAUAUCAUAAUUGUAAUCCUAGUCAGUCACAUUGUAUAUACAGAAGGUUGAAGAAGCUGCAGAGUCUCAUUCCUGGUGGCAGGAAGAUGGGUGUUGAUGUUCUGUUUCAGGAGACUGCUGAGUAUAUCCUCUUCUUGAAAAUGCAAGUUCAUUUCUUGCAGACACUCUCCAAUAUUUUGAGCACUACCACUAAUGUUCCUCAUCAUGCAUUGGGUAAUUCCCUCAAAUCAGUUAAUGAUUCCUGAUGCAGUCUUCUCUUCUAGUCAUAUGAUUUUCACAGUCCAUAGUAUUGUAUAGUUUCUAGUUUAGAUCAUGUAAGUUUUUUCCUUCAACAUUUUGGAUCAAACUCCAUGAUCCAUCAUCAGGAAAGCAGCAAGAUAAGGAAGGAGAAAAAUGUAGAAUUGUUAACAGACCAAGCAAGAUAAUAUUGUUUUCUUGUUUAAUAAAUGUAAUGGCUAUGUCAGGCUCAGGAUCUUGAAGAAGAAAUGGUUCUAGUGCUGUCUGUAAAACAUUGUGACUGAAUAUGUAUAAUGGUUUCACCUGAUUGAAUCCAUGCAUUUAGGUCACUUGUAUGCAAUUCCAAACUGCUUUUUCCAAAGUUUGCAUGCU